GAUUUUCUGGAAGAUAUUUUCUCCUAGUUUUCUCUGCUGGCCUUCAUGGGAAAGCAACAAAAUCGUAAAUACCUUGGAAGUGGACCACGCUGUCUCCAUGUUAUUGUGUUCAUUGGUCUUUGAAGGGGCGGAUCUGCAGCUGAAAAUAAAGCUGGUGUUUGGUUUGUAACUGCCCAGUUCGGAGGCGGUUUAUGAUGACUGUUGCUAUGGUUACCGGGCUUGUUUUGAAGGUGAUAUUUCCCGGUUGGUAACAUUUAACGUUCCCUUUCGUCUCAAACGGUUGCUGUUUAUCUUCAACAAUGUUGAAAAGAUAAAUCGGAGGUUUUAAACCUUCAAAAUGUCGGUGCGACGACUCCUGGCCCGCGGCCUGGACCUCAGCCGCUCGGCCUUGCGCCUCGUCAAUCCCGCAGCUCGAGCUCGGGCUCAGGCGGGCGCGGCCUUUGUGCAACCCUGGGCCCAGCAGCCGCUCCAAGCCGUCCUACCCGCCCGCUACCGCUAUUUCCGCCUGUCUUUGGGCGGCCUAGCGGCUCAGCUACAGCGCCGGGCGUCUUGGCAGCUCCGCGGGCCGGGCGGUGCUUUGCUGGCCUUCGGCCUGGGCCUGGGCUUCAUCGAACAGCAGGUGGAGGAGGUGAGGACGAGCAUCGCUGCCUGCGAGGAGAUCCAGACAUUGUUUAAAAGGAAGAAAAUCAAGUAUGAAAACUCCAUGCCUUCACACACGAGUGGAUAUCGAUUUGAAGAUUACAAGAUUGGAUACAACAUUGGAAAGGGGUGUAAUGCAGCUGUGUACAAGGCCUUUAUCCCUGAAGUACCCAAAACAAAAGCAAGUGACAAGAUCACGACAAAGGAGAAAGAUGAAGUAGUUAACAGGCAGGUGAAGAGUGAAGGUCAGUGUGUCUCUGGUGAGGAUUCUGGAGAAAGAAAGAAGGUAGCGAUUACACAGGAAAACUCAAGUUUGAGUUUUGUGAUUUUGAAAAAAGAAAUGUUAACAGACUCGCUGAGGGCUUGUGAAGGAGACACCAGCAACCCCUUGAGAGUUUCUUGUGGAGGCAGCAGUUACCUCCUGAGGGCCUUCGAGGAAGACACCAACUACCCCCUGAAGGUACCUGAAGGAGAAACCAGCUAUCCACUUGCUCUAAAAAUGCUUUGGAACAUAAAUGCGGGAUCCUCCAGUGAUGCAAUACUAACAUCAAUGGUUAAGGAGCUGGUUCCAACCAUCCCAAAUGCAUUAAUCGGAGAGUUUGGCAGAAUGAAAGGAUCCUAUAUUCAUAACAGAAAAAAAAUGAAACCACAUCCAAACAUCAUUCAGAUUGUCCGAGCUUUCAUAGACAAUGUUCCACUCUUGCCUGGAGCUUGGAUGGAGUAUCCUGAUGUGCUACCAACCAGAUUGAAUCCUUGUGGCUUGGGACACGACCGCACCCUCUUUCUGGUAAUGAAGAGCUAUCCGUGUACCCUGCAACAGUACCUGCGGGUCUGUAUCCCUAACAAAGAAUGUGCUACUGUGAUGAUUCUUCAGUUGCUGGAGGGAGUGGAUCAUCUAGUUCAGCAUGGAAUUGCACACCGAGAUCUGAAGUCUGAUAAUAUUCUGGUGGAGUUUGAUUCAGUUGGCUGCCCACGUUUGGUGAUCACUGAUUUUGGUUGCUGUCUGGCUGAAGAAUCUCUCGGGUUGAAGCUUCCCUUUACCAGUAACGAUGUCAACCGGGGUGGAAAUAUCUGCCUAAUGGCUCCUGAGAUUUCUACAGCAAUCCCUGGACCGGGAGUCAUAAUUGAUUACAGCAAAUCAGAUGCCUGGUCAGUGGGCACCUUGGCCUAUGAGAUCCUCGGUCUUCGUAAUCCAUUUUAUGGAUAUGGAGUGGAUUACCUGGAAAGCUGUAACUAUCAAGAGGAUAAGCUGCCACCUCUGCCAAGCUCAAUUCACAGAGACAUGAGACUGGUGGUGAAACUUCUGUUGUGCAGAGAUCCUAAGAGGCGUCUGUCAGCGAGAGUAGCUGCAGACAUGCUUCACCUACACUUGUGGGGGCCAGAGCUCCUUGCCUCAGCUCCGAUCACUGUGGAGAAUGUUUUCAGAUGGCUUCGAUGCCAGACUCUGCUCACCCUCCUGCAGGUUUCGAAGAAUCAUAAAUUACCUGUGGAGAUCGAACUAAAGAGAAGCUUCUUGGCAAAUCUCAGUUUUGAAGAACUAAGGCUCGGACUAGAUCUGCUUCUACAUGUGAAAACCUAAAUGAGUUCACAUCAAUCAAUAAAACACUCAGUUUGAAAACAGAAUUUGGUGAAACCACUGCUACUAAUUAUGGAUCUAGGAAUAAAACUAUGCAUUUAGUUCAUAAUUUAACUACAUGAAUAAAAUUCAAAAUGUCUAGAACAUAUCCUGCCUGAGCAGUUAAUAAAUACUUAAUGCCAUAUAUUACUUUUCUGACAUUGAAGAGAAAUAAAUGACUAGAUUAAAUAUGUUUUUUUUUGAUCUGCAAGAGCUGAUAAAUAAGUACAUGGAUAUUGUGGCUAAUCUUGUAUUUAAUCCAUAAAUGUGCUAAGCCUGCCAAUCUGAAAUGAAGGUCAGCAUGCUAUGACUUGUGUUUCUUGCAUAACUUUGUACUGUACCUUGACCUUUAAAUCUGGAACUCAACACCUCUUGUGACCAGUAAAAGCCCAGAUGAGAGUCUGAAGUCCACAGUGCAUGACACUGUCAAGUUGUAAAGUGUAUGAGAAGAAUUAAAACAAAUUAUUGUGUAGUGAUGGGUGACACAAAGUGUAGGUUUUCAACACAUGUAGAUUACCACAGCAAUGGGAAAACGAGUCAGUGUAAAGAAUUCCAGUUUUAGGAUUUUUUUGGGGAGAAAUAAAUUUGUGGCUAUAGGAAGUAUUAAUCCUGUGGGCCUACUUUGUUUAUCAUCUGCAGGUUCCAUUUCUGGAAAAGGUCUUGGAAAUAACUGGAACAUUUUUCUGCAGCUUGUGUUUAUCUUACAGUUACAUUUAGGUACUGAGCUAUCUAACUAGUCAUUCACAUUGAUGCACAGAUAUAUUUUCAGUCUGUUUAAAGCUACAUAAAUAAACAGUAUCACCUGAAAUUUGAA